AAAAGAAGAAACCAGAAAAUGCGAUGUUGCCCUGUCUGGACGUCCUUGGCGUCGAUCACGGGAUCGAGAUCACGGGACUUGCUAGCUUCGGAGUAAUCUCGGCUGUCAGUUCGGCUACCCGUUUCUUUACUUCUUCCACCAUCAUCGAUCAUGUCUUAAGACGUUAUUGAACGAAAUGCUUCGAAUUCCUACAGAUAUUGAUCCUAAUUAUAAUGCCUCCGGUCAUGCAGGCCAGGGUAAACGGUUGAACAAACCGACAACACCGGUAACAUCAAGAUUAAUGUCCGCAGGUCCAGUACACGCUUUGACGCUGUCAGAAACGGAUCGGAGUAAUAUCUACUAUGAAUGGAUCAGUGAGUCACGCAUAUUAGUAUCCUUGCUGGUUCUUGGCUUGCUAAGACACUUGCAGAAGCUGGAAAACCUCACAAUCUCGUUUGCUCGCAAUGUCGGAUGCCAGACCAGUUACUGUUCUGCGAGACGUGCUGUAGAUCCUACCAUACAGGAUGUCUUGCAUUGAGCGAAGUCGCUGUAUUCCCAGGAAGCUUCCACUGCCCUUCAUGUAGGGACAAGAGCUGGGAUCGUCUUCCCCCUCAAUUCUCAAGACGGUCAUCACCGAAUGUAUCCCGAAGCACGACUCCUUCGGGCAGGGAUAGGAGCAGGCGGGGUAGUCCUUCACGGCUGGCCAAAACUAGCGGUCACGGAUCUCCAAUAGCUUCUGGGCCUCCCCUAGCUAGCUUCACUGGCCCGUCAGACCAUGCCUCCUCAAAUGAAUGGCAGGUUGCGCACGGUGCAGAGCAACGAUCCGAUCAUCCAUCUCAGGCUCUAUCUCAGGCUCGAUCCUUUCUUAUCGAGAACGGCGCGGCCUCCCAAGAACACAAUACAGUGGUUCUGUAUCGAAUAGCGGAUAUGAUAGAGCAGCUUGAAUCUCAGCAACGUCUGCUACAAGAGAUGCGAGAAUUGAGGGAAGAAAAUAUGCGUCUGCAUCACGUCAACCGAGAACUCAGAGCCUAUGCACACUCAAGAUCACCACAUGAGUCUGCAGUUAAUUCUCCUAUGCCAAAUAUACCAAGACCAGCAGCAGAUACGAGUGGGAAGUCCUGGGACAGGAUUGUGAUGGACUUGCUUUAGCCUCUACUUGGGUCUCCCGUGUUUGGGCCAUCCGGUUAUACUCACGACGGACCGUUAAUCCCUGUCCAGGUUCAUCUAUCUCGUCUGUGGCCUUAAUGUUUAAUGUUCA